CAAUCACAGAGCUGGAUGUUGACACGUGGCAGCCCGGCUCGCCUCUCAGCAGGAAGAACCGAAGGCUCGACCUGAGAAAGGGAGAUAAACCCAAAAACAAAGAAGUUCCGAGUGAACAGAACCGGGACCGGAACUUAAGGGAGAUAAUUGUGGGGGACGAGUGCCGGACCUAAGAGCUGGUUCCGGUACCGGUGGUUGUCACAGAUGAAAACAUCGUCAUCCAUUGUUCCUGCAUUUAAUACGGAAAAGGAGUCGCCGUCUUUCUGCAUCAGCUCAGGAAGGUCCGCUGUCUCGGUACCACGCUUCCCUCCGGGCCGCCCACUCAUCCGUUCCCAAAGCUGGAGGAAACCCGCAUCGCAGCUCAAAGUUCAAAGGUUUUCCUUUAAAUGACUGAUUAACUCCACCAGCAGCAAUGAGUGCCGAGCCGGAUCCGCUGGCCGUGGUGAACCAGCUGAGAGACCUGGCUGCGGACCCCAUGAACCGGAGAGCCAUAGUCCAGGACCACGGCUGCCUGCCGGGCCUCAUUCUGUUCAUGGACCACCCCAACCCUCAGGUGGUGUACUCCGCCCUGCUGGCGAUCCGAUACCUGGCAGAAUGUCGACCCAACAGGGAAAAGCUGAAGGGAGAACUGGGAAUGAUGCUGAGCCUGCAGAACGUUGUGCAGAAGUCCACCACUCCAGGAGAGACCAAGCUGCUGGCCUCUGAGAUCUACGAGCUCCUGCAGGCGGCCGGUGUUGCUGACGGCUCAGAGGCGGCUGAGUCGGCGCCCGUCGGUGGACGGCGAAAAGCUCAGUUCUUCCUGGGCUCCAGCAACAAGAGAGCCAAGACGGUGAUCUUGCAGAUCGACGGCCUGGAUGACCCGGGCCGGCGGAGUCUCUGCGAGGAGACCCUGCUGAAGAUCCGAGGGGUCAUCAGCUUCACCUUCCAGAUGGCCGUGAAGAGGUGCAUUGUCCGGAUUCGAUCCGAUCUGAAAGCCGAGGCUCUAGCGUCGGCCAUCGCAGCCACGGAGGUCAUGACGGCUCAGCAGGUGGUGAAGGCCGAGAACGGAGACGAGGUUCUGAUCCAUUUUCCUGAUGACAGUUCUGUGGAGGUGGAACAGAACGCAGAUCUGCCAGAGUACCUGCCGGAGGAAGAGAGUCCUUCUCAAGAUCCCGACAAGGCAGUUAGCCGGGUCGGAUCGGGCCAGGAGGGGACCAGCUGGCUCGGAGCAGCCGCCAACUUCCUUUCCCGCUCCUUCUACUGGUGAUCCGACAGUACCACCACCUCAGCCCCCUUCCUCUGUUCAAACCACCUGCUGCCUCUCAGAACCAGAACCAGCUGCCAAAUCUCCCAGCUGAGACAGAACAACGCUCCCAGCUGUUGGACUCUAACCAGAGUGUCUUAAUAAGCAAGAAAAGUUCUGCAGCAACUGAACAAAUGCGUCAGAACAACAAACCCAAAAGUUUUCCUAUUUAUUCUAUAUGAGUGAUAGAACUGAGUUUGCAGCAGGUUCUGAUCCAGAAUAACGUGUUGGACUUCAAACUUCUCUGCUGAGUAUUUAAUCCAAACCGCAUGUUCUGAUCCGACUCCUAGGAGCUGGCAGCUUUCCGCAUGUUGGGAAGUGUUGUCAGUCCUCAUCAUCCCUCGGAUCAGAAUCACUUCCAGCUGAUGUUAGCAGAGAACUUUGCUGCAGCCUCCUUGUCUCGGAUCAGUUCCAGUUUCAGACGCUUUGUUUCUGGAACGUCGUUGUGUUUACACUUUUCCUGACUGAAUGCCUUGAAACCAGACUUUGACGGACCAGAUGUUACCUGCCGAUUGGUUCCCAGACGGGGAGCCAGUUGGAUCAAACGGUUCCUGUUGAGCAGAAUGAAUAUUAAAUGGGUCAGAAAGUCAGGAACCAAUGUAGGAAGCGGUUUUUAUCCACGGACACAGCACAGAGAAUCCGUUUGUCAGCUUUGAUGAGGAAAAAUGUUCCAAUUAACUUCUUCCUAGAUGUACUAAGGUCUCUUAGAAAAAUAUAAAUAUUCCCAGUUUUCCCAGAAACAAACAAAAACCUGUGGAUUUUUCCCAGAACAAAGAACUGGAUCAUUUCUUAGUGAUGAAGCCCUGAUAACAAAUAAACAUUCCCACAGUUUUUCCUCCA